AUGCGUGGAUACCCGCGUAGAUUAAUAUUAAUCAUCGGAAUAGUGGUAUUUGUAUUUUUUUGUACGCGUCUUCUGGUCGGUCGUAUUGUACUUCCGCUGGCAGAUGAUGAAGCACCAUCAUCAUCAUCUUCAACACAUGGCCCGCAGAGGCUGGCUGAAGAUCUGUCAGCGCUGGUGGCGCGCGCUUAUGUACCUGGAAUGUACAUGAGAGGUGAAAAGCCAAAGAAUAAUACCGGCUGUGCUUGGAAAUACGGACUGCCGAAUAUUUUUUAUUACCCGGUAGAUAAAGUCCGUUUUACCCCGCAAGGCGGGGAAGACGGUCCGUACCGGGUGUUGCCGUUCAUAAUUCGCAGCAGUGAGUCAGAAUUAACUCCCAGGUUGACAUUCUGCACCCACGCGACCCCAGAUUUAGUCUACAACAUCGUGGAAAUAGUGAAGCGAUGGGAAGGCCCUGUUAGUCUCGCAGUAUUUUCACCGAGUCGAGACGCUGCCCUAGCAGUCAGACUCCUUGACAGAGCUUGCCGGUGUGUGCCUGAGAUGCGCAAGCUUUCCGUCCACCUGAUAUUUCCAGCAAAUCGGAUUCCGAUUAUUGCUAGCGAUGAUUAUCUGCCCGAGGACGGAGACUGUGCGGCUCUGGACCUGCAGUGGGAACGCCUGGAGUCUGUUGCUGAGAGAAGAGACAAAGGACUCACUUACCCGAUAAAUGUUGCGAGAAACAUCGCUAAAACUCUCGCAAUGACCACCAGAGUCCUGGUAGCGGACAUUGAGCUGCUGCCGAGCGACAAAUUGGCGUCAGGAUUUUUUAAAAUGAUCAACGGACAGCCUCCAAACAAGGGACUGGCUUUUGUCGUUCCGGUGUUUGAAAUAGAGGAGACUCAGCAGCCUCCUAAAAACAAACGAGAGUUAAUGGCUGCUAUAAAUAAAGAUCUAGCUGUUUAUUUUCAUAAGUAUAUGUGCAUUCACUGUCAACGAUUCCCUGGUAUCACCAAGUGGAUCCUCAGGCCAGACCCAGGGCGAGUAAGACCACUUAUUGUCACACGCAGGGAGUACCCGCAUCAUCGAUGGGAGCCUGUGUUCAUUGGGACUCAAGAUGAUCCUCUUUACAACGAAAAUAUGACCUGGGAAGGACGUCAGGAAAAAAUGUCCCAGAUGCUAGAAAUGUGCCUGAUGAAUUAUCAUCUGAUUAUUCUCGACGGAGCUUUUCUCGUUCACACACCAGGAAUAAAAAGAAAGACUUAUCAAUUGAAUCCAUCCAAAUCAACUUUUGAACGUACUCAGGAAGUACUGAACGCUCAAAUAUAUCAAAGCAUUACGCAAAAUUUGCUCAAGCAAUAUCCGAUAAAUCGUAAAUGCAGACAAUAG